AAAAAUGUAAAAUGUAAAAUCUGACAUCAUUGAUUUUAUAUGUAAACCAUCAAAUGAUGGUAGCGUCUGGUCCUGCAUGAUGUCAUUUUUCCGAAGUCAAAAAUGAACCAAAAAAAGAAUUAUGUAAUUUCUGAGUGAGUGAUGACUCUGGAGAUUUCACGAUGAUAUAAAUAAAUGUUUAGAACCUGGAUUGAAUCUUAUCUAUAUUAUCAUCAGAUAGAACUAUUCCAAAUUAUACGUAUAUAAACAUGGAUAGUAAGAGAAUUGGUAUAUUAGGUGGUGGCCAAUUAGGUCGUAUGUUAGUGGAAGCUGCCAGUAGAUUAAACAUUCAAACUGUUAUCUUAGAUGCUGCUAACUCACCUGCUAAACAAAUCAAUGCUACUAGUGAUCAUGUUGAUGGAUCAUUUACUAAUUAUGAAUCGAUAGUGAAGUUGGCUGAAAAGACUGAUAUCUUAACUGUUGAAAUCGAACAUGUUGAUGUGGCUGCUUUAAAGAAAGUUCAAGAAAAAUUCCCUCAUAUUGAAAUUUAUCCAUUUCCAGAUACGAUUAAAUUAAUUCAAGAUAAAUAUUUACAAAAGGAACAUUUCAUUCAAAAUCAUAUUGAUGUGGCUGAAUCAGUAGCUGUUUUAAACAACACUGAAGAAGAAUUAUCCUCAAUUGGUGAAAAAUUCGGAUAUCCCUUCAUGUUAAAAUCAAGAACUUUAGCUUAUGAUGGUAGAGGUAAUUUCGUAGUGAAAACAAAAGAAUAUGUAAGUAAAGCCCUUGAAUUCUUAAAAGAUAGACCGUUAUAUGCUGAAAAAUGGUGUCCAUUCACUAAGGAAUUGGCUGUCAUGGUUGUGAGAUCAAUUGAUGGUGAAGUGUUUGCUUAUCCUACUGUUGAAACUAUUCAUCAAAAUAAUGUUUGUCAUUUAGUUUAUGCACCUGCAAGAGUAGUUCCAACCAUUGCUGAAAAGGCUACUAUAUUAGCUAAGAAUGCCGUUAAAUCAUUCCCUGGUUGUGGUAUUUUUGGAGUUGAAAUGUUUUUAUUACCAAAUAAUGAAUUAUUAGUUAAUGAAAUUGCCCCAAGACCUCAUAAUUCAGGUCAUUAUACUAUUGAUGCCUGUGUUACAUCUCAAUUUGAAGCUCAUAUUAGAGCUGUGGCCAAUUUACCUAUGCCAAAAGGAUUCACUGAAUUGACAACCACAUCAACUAAUGCUAUUAUGUUAAAUAUCUUAGGGGAUAAGACUGUUCCUGAUAAAGAAUUAGAAAUUUGUCGUCGUGCAUUAGAAAUCCCUCAUGCAUCAGUGUACCUUUAUGGAAAAACCACUAGAGCUGAUAGAAAAAUGGGUCAUAUUAAUAUUGUAUCAUCAUCAAUUCAAGAUUGUCAAUCAAGAUUAGCUUAUAUAUUAGAUGAUGAAUCAUAUUUAGAAAAGGGACAAUCCUUACCUCCACUUAAUCUCAUUAGACCUAGUGAAACACCAUUAGUUGGAGUUAUUAUGGGAUCAGAUUCUGAUUUACCAGUUAUGUCAAUUGGAGCUAAUAUUUUAAAGAAAUUUGGAGUACCAUUUGAAUUAACGAUUGUUAGCGCUCAUAGAACUCCUCAAAGAAUGUCACAGUAUGCUAAUGAAGCGGCUAAACGAGGAUUAAAAGUCAUAAUUGCCGGUGCUGGUGGUGCUGCUCAUUUACCUGGUAUGGUUGCUGCUAUGACUCCAUUACCAGUUAUUGGAGUUCCAGUUAAAGGAUCAGUAUUAGAUGGGGUUGAUUCAUUACAUUCAAUAGUUCAAAUGCCAAGAGGUAUUCCAGUUGCUACUGUUGCUAUUAAUAAUAGUACUAAUGCAGCUUUAUUGGCUAUUAGAAUACUAGGAGCUUAUGAUUCUAAAUGGUUACAAGAAAUGCAACAAUAUAUGAUUAGUAUGGAAGCCGAAGUUUUAGGUAAAGCAGAAGUAUUAGAAGAUAUUGGUUAUGAAGAUUAUUUAACUACAAAAUUAAAGAAAUAGAUGUAUACAUGUAUAAUAAUGACACGAUUGAAUUUUAAACGUAAUAUUAAUGCAUAAAAAAUGGGUGUAAUAAAAAUAUAGUAUAAAAUGAAUGAACUAAAAUAUGAAAAUAAUUAUAAACCUUUACUUAUAAUAAAUGUAA